AUGAGUUUUGUCGGGCUCUCGGUGCUGGCGUUGUGUUGGACGUGUAACGCAGCUGCACAAUUCGGCCUCAGGGAUCAAGUGCUGAUUUUCCCCUACGAGACAGACUUCAGUUACGUGGCCCUGAUCCCUGAGAAGGAGCUGUCUCUGAGGGCCUUCACUCUGUGCCUGCGUGUGGCCACAGAGCUGCCGGAGGAGAGGCAGAUCAUCCUCUUCGCCUACCGCACUCCGGACUACGACGAGCUCAACGUGUGGCGCGAGAAGGACGGCCGCGUCUCCUUCUACAUGAGCGGCGACGGGGCCUUCUUCCACCUGCCUCCUCUGGGCACCUUCCGCACCAGCCUCUGCCUCACCUGGCAGUCCGGCUCCGGCCUCGCAGCCUUCUGGUUUCAAGGCAGACGCAGCGCAUACCAGGUGUACAAACCGGGCCACACCAUCCGCCCCAACGGCUCCGUGCUGCUGGGACAGGACCCGGACAAGCACCUGGGGGGGCUGGAGGCGGAGCAGAGCUUUGUGGGAGAGCUCACCGACCUCAACAUGUGGGACUACGUUCUGUCCAAGUCUAUGAUCCAGGGCUGGCACAACGGGGAGGCCUGGAUCCCCAAAGGAAACAUCUUUGACUGGGCUUCCAUUCGCUACGAGCUCAGCGGGAAUGUGAUGGUGGUGCGGGAAUACUGA